AUGAAAAAGACCAGAUUUUUGUGGAUUCGUGAGUUACCUACAAAGUGCCGGGAACAUGAAAUUCGCGGGGCCCUGCAAAGGUUUGGCGAGAUUCAGAAAGUUCGGAUCUUCAAACACGGGUCAUCUCGUUACGCAAUUGUGGCGUUCGGGGAUACGAAAAGUGCCACACAAGCGAUUAACGCCGACGUCAAAAUUAACGACGUAUUGUUAAAAAUGGAAUACUGUGAUUCUUUUGACACAUCUGGAAUUAAUUUAAACAAAAGAUCUGAUGCAUCGUGCUGUCCACCGCAUUUUGUUUCCUUGGAUAAAGAACAAAUGGCCCAAGAAAUUUCCACGAAGAGUGCGCAUGAUCACAUUUCCACCUUGGGUCAAAAUGACCAUGUCAUGCGGAACGUGCUUGUCUCAAAGCGCUCCAACGGUCGUCUUGUAACGAGCGUAACAGAGAAUGCCAACACCCAGGUUCUGCGUAGUGUCCAAAAUUCGACCAACUAUCCUCGCACCUCGGGCCCAUCCCGUGGACUCAAGUUGAGUAAUUUGCCACCACUGAGCAAACUGAAAGACACCCAACUCCGGCAGAGCUUGUUUACCGAAUUACGACACUGUGGACAUAUUCAAUCAGUCUUUCUACCAUCGACCACGGAAGAGACAAAUAAUUCUGGUCGCGUAGCCAUAGUCACAUUUCGUCUACCAGAAGAGGCGGAGUGUGCUUUUCAAGCUCUACAAAGCGGCGAAAAAUUACUGUUUUCCGCUCCCGUUUGCGCCGAAUUACACCCUGGGUUUGAAAGUCCAGAUGACUAUCCCGUUAAAUCCUCAACGGCGGCUGUCCUGGCUCCUAAUGAGUCCGCUUCAUGCGCAGCAAAGGCCGCUGCAAACGCAACUCUCACGGCAAAUCUUACUUCGCCGGUGAGCAAGUGUCCCACUCGGACACUUUACAUUGGGGGUUUGACCGCUGGUCCCACAGGGCCGGUGACUUCCGAACAAUUGAAUACCGCGUUCCGGAAAUUCGGUGAUAUAAUCGAUGUCAAACUCCAGACCAGUUCUAAUGCUGCUCUGAUUCAAUUUGCCGAGAUGCGCGGUCCAAUGCGCGCAAUGAACGCACAUCUGCGCGAUCCCCUCCGGCUUGGUGGACGCCCGCUGUUUUUGGCCUACAUCCCCAGUCCUCCAAGUACUGGUUUGUGGUUUUCUGAUCUUCCCUCUGUACUGGCAAGUAUGAAGGAUGAAGAUCUGCUCCGCUCACUUUCAAAUUUGGCGCCUGUCCAAGAGAUAAUCCUCAUCAAUCGGACUGACUCCAAUAGCCGAUUGAAUCAACCAUCAACACAGCAGCAGCAGCCACAACAACAACAAGCACCAUCCACCUCGGUCAACGCCCAACAGCAACAGGGACACCAACAUUAUGUGGCCUAUAUCCGUAUGCUUUCCGUGGAGCAUGCGACACGUCUCCUAUCAGAGCUACGCUCCGGCAAGCAUUUCGUUGAACGUCCCACCCCUAACGCGUCGCUGACGUCACCUCCAAAGCCAGCGACAAGACGACCGUUUGCCGUCGACUUUGCCAGUGCGAGACAAACCAGUCUGGUUGCAAGUUUGCAGAUUAGUGCUGCAAGAUCUGCCUCUGGUUCUGCUCGCAUCCGAGUUAUUUCCGCAACAUCUCUUGAUCUGGCUAAACGUUUGGGGACGAACAUGGUACCGCAUUUGGGGUCGCCCACGAAUUGUUCAUCGUUAACCGCGGUGCAUGCGAUCUCCCGAACCCUAUCUCCCGGUGUAUCCAGUCCUGUCCGAUCUUCAUUCAAAUCUGGUUCUCCGGUACCGCAUCGACCAAGCAAUCCACGCACGUCAUGGGAUUCGCGCUACUCUCAUUCAGCGAAUAGUAACAGCGGUUCAGUAGCUUGCUCUGCGGUUGGUACCGUACUCACUUCAGCUGGAAACGGUCCAACGGAAUCGGUGAUCGGUACAGCUACUUAUCCGGAAAAUUGUUCUGGCUCAGAUUUGAAUUACGCUCGUUCAGACGUCCGGUCAUGCACCAGAACGUCUGUUCCCAAAGACCCAUGUCGACGGUCAUCUCAUCCAGGUUCCUUAUCGACUACAACCGCUACAACAGUUCCGAAUUUUCGUAACUCCGUAUUCUCCAGUGCGCAAUCUUUAGAUCGCAUGGAGGUCAGUCGAGAGAGUAGUCCUAGUAGCCUGAGCACAAGCAGCAGCAGUAGCAGCUUGAGCAGUGAAACCAGUGAAAGCAGUAGCAGUAGUAGCAGCAGCAGCAGCGAAAGUAGCAGCAGUUCGUCGUCGUCUUCAAGUGUCAGCUCGCCCAGCUCCUUGUCCGGUUCCUCGUCGCGAUCGCGCGCCCGUCGGCCGAUUGCGGAUCCACCUGCUCCUUCAUCGAAAUCCAAUCGAGUUCGAUUGGCAGGUGCAUCUAGACCCUCACCACACGGUACUCAUACCAGUCCUUUGCACACCGCCUCUGCAAGUGGGAAAAGGACUCAAAAUGGGGAUCGGAAGUCACUGCACCGAAUCGCAUCUGAGUCGGCAUCAUCUCUUUCCGCCAGCAAAACACACCCGGAUGCUGUGGAUAAUACGUGGAUAAAUGAACACAGUGGUACCUCCGGAGGUUUUGUACGUCGUGCACUUACUGUCAUGACCACCAUUGCCUCGGCUGUCCUAUCACCAGCUCGGAGUUCCACAGCCAGCAGUGGCGGAUUAUCUAGUCCGGGUAUCGGUUCGACCGUGUGUCCGUCUUCGAGUUUAAGCAAUGUCUUAACUCGAAUUUCAAGUACUCCUCCCAACAAUUCCCAUCCAGUAUCGAACUCGGCGGUAUCUGCACAGACACAAUCCACCAGUCACCCUGGAAAUCACGGUUCACAAAACUGCGCUCCUGUCGCCGUCACCCAUGGAGGAGCGUCCGGUACUUUGAGUCAGGGCGAGUUGCGCGUCAGUCCGGUCGGCAUUCCAAAUCCAUCGAGUGCCAGCAGCGGAGUGAGUAGUUGCGGUCGAAGUUUCAGCAGCACCAGCAGUAAUAGUAGCAGUGGAAGCAGUCCCUUCAAUCUAGUCUCCUCACACCAUACUUCAAUCAGCAGUUCCAAGUUGACCACAACCAUGGCACCAAGUCAUCCACACACACAUAGGCUGCUACCAGCAUCUACCUCUGCUGGUCCAGGACCCUCUGUUCCUUCCAGUCUCAACCAAUCCAAAGGGAUCGAUACAAACGGGCGGCAAAGUAUAUCUCACUCCAAUUCAUCUGAUCGCAAAGCGCGUAUCUAUUCUAGCGAAAACGCCUCUGGUCUGAAACUUCAUAUUUCUACCGGUGGUAAUUUGGUGCCUCCUCAAUCCUCGGCGUCUGCGGCAGCAUUUAGCUCUCCUCUAUCUACCUCUCCACUCACGGUAUCCAUUCGUCUAUCCGGAUCAGAGACGGAACCGCAUAACGCUGUUACAACGGUCACCUCACCGUCUGCAUUGUCCGCUCAUGGUGAAGUUUUCGGUGGAAAACGAAAUGGAAAAAGUGGCAACACAUCUCAUCCAUCCACUCCGGUCUCUGCCCCACCCCAUCUGACCAAUUUGGAUACGGGUAGACGAUUCAACUCGCAAUCCAUGGACUUGUCAUGUGACAAAACUCCUCUAAGUGAUUCAACUCGGUCACACACAGACUGGUUUGGUCUGGGGUCACCCGUGUACGAGUCGAUGUACGACAAAAUCAAACGACGUACAAAUAAAGAAGCAGAAGAACGACGGCAACGACAACAAGAAGCCAUGGACGCCAGAGAAAAGAAACGUCGAAAACAACGAAAGAAGGAUCAAUUGACGCGUUCACCUCCGAGCGUUCCGUUCACACCUCCAGAGUCUUUUGGGAGUGAGCACAGUGCAAAAACCGCUGGGACGAAUUCUAGUGGAAAGUCUCGUUGCUCCAAGUCAGAGAAAGCUAAAUCUGACUCAUCCCUACGUAAAAGUUCAAAGCGAUCAGCCAUUUAUCUAAAGAGUAAAAUCGGAGAGAAAGACUUUCUCACUAAUGGUGGCAGUGGUGUCGUGAAUGACUAUUCCAGUUCUUGGCACUCGCCCAAAACAUCGCCCAUAGAGCGUACCUGGUCGUCGCAUACCAACAAGCCUCGAUCAACUGAACUAAGUUCAAAGUCCGCCCACAAACGUGUACACAAAGCUAAACGAUCCCGUCGGGAACGAAGUUCUGUGUCCUCAUCGUUAUCCAGUGGUGAUGAUGAUCGAAACUCGUGUUCACCUCCCGGCACUCUGACUCGUCUAAGCUUGGGCAUGCGAUUUCCUGUUUCGGCUACGUACCAUGAAUGUGUGCGUCCGAAAGAAUCGAAUCGAACAUCAUGGUCUCCUGAUCGGGAUGACGAUUCGUUAAGUCGGCUCAGUUCGUCGUUGUCUUGUUCCAGUAGUGACGGUCGAUCUGAUCAUCAUCCUCAAAUUGAUAAUCCGAAACAAUCAGCCUCGCCAGUCUCGAUAUUCGCCCAGUCCCACUGUCGGGCAUAUGAAGUGCAUACGGAAAAGCAUGGACAUUUGACGCCCCACAGCUUGAAACGCGAUCCUGUGUGUAACUUGCAUUCUCCAAUCACUGGUUCUACUGCCAAGCCCGUUUAUCGAAAAGGUCGCGAAAGUUCCCCUGUUCGAAAUGAAGUGUUGAACAAAAAGAAAUCCCAACUAUUCGAUGCGAUAACUGAUCGAUCCAGGUCCACGAUAAUCGAUAAGCGCGGUAAACCGGUUUCCGGAUCUAAACGUAAGCUGGAGGAAUUUCCAGAUAAGCAAUCAACCAAGCGUCACCGGCUGUCACACAAAACCAUAUCCUCGGAAUCACACGGACGUCUCUACCCAGGUAAACAAUCCAGUCACCGUGGACAGAGCCCGAAAGCAGCCUACUUUUCUGAUGAAGUUCCAGAUUCCGAGGCAGAUGACAUCAAGUGCUCAGAUUCCAUCUCGCACACAACCGGGACGAGUGAUCCGAAUGUUCGAUCACGCAAACCGGAGGCGUACAAAACUGGUCGAAUUUCCUCCGGCUUGAACAGCGGAACUGAUGACUCUAGCAUAUCCGGCACUCGCAGUCCGUCUCCCAUUCGUGUUAGUGUUCGUAGUCCGCUUCAUCUGACGCCGCACUAUCGCAAGCAAUACUCGAUCAACACGUCCAUAUGUAGUGAUCCGCAUAGUCGUUUGGGAGACGAUCGUGAUUCAAUCUACGACGUUUUCAUGGAUUCCGAUCGGUUCUCAACAAAUUCCAAAUCCACUCCGUCAACUGAGCCCAUGGAACAAUCCGAAUUAAUCGAACGCAAUUUGGACAUGAAGUUUAGCGACGAUGAGUGGCACUCAAGUGUUGGUUCGAAUUCACCCAAUCCGAACAACUUGGAAUUCGAUGUGGACUUUUGUCGUGGCGAUGCGAAGACUGAACAUUCGUCAACAACUUACCAAUCCACUUCAUUCUCUUCACAGCUGAUUUCGCCUGUGUGUAAGUUGCGGACUCCAUCCGAGGAUGACUCAGAUGAUGAAUCUUUGCAUAAAGCAGUGGUUGACUUUGCUAAGUCAUGUGGCACCGGGGUCACUGUGUCAUCCGAAGAUUUGCAUAGUAAUAUACCUUCAAACAAACCAGAGGUGACUCCUCACACACCACAACUCUACAGUACCGCUUCUCCUGUUAUAAGCGAAAAGAAACCCAACUUCGUUUCUUCGGAGCCGACGGAACUUAAAACCGAAGCCUCAGAAGACCACAGGCAACUUGACGGGGAUGUUGCUUCGCCGAAACAACCAGAGUCUCCACCGAUUGUGAAACCAGAUCAACAGGCAAUAUCUCAUUCCUUUGAGUCGGAUGAUGCUAGACCAAGCGGUGAUUCGCUUUCCAUUACGACUAACUCGACAAAAGUUGAGAGUAUUAUUACGUCGGAGGAGUCUUCAUUGUCUUCAUCACAUCUGCGUGAGUCAUCGACAUCCACAGUUUCGAAGAUACAAAACACUAGUUGUGAGUCAUCUGCGCUAGUCCAAGAGCCCGUUUCCUCUGACAUCGCGAAUGAGACUGAUCGAUCUGCACCGAAAUCAUCAGAUGAAAGUCUGACUACCGUUACGUAUAGUGUUGCCGCUCCUAUUCCUGUUGACCCAACACCACCGGAGUCUGUCGUGCCUGUUGUUGCUCCUCCCAUUACCGCUUGUUCCAAAGUUGAAGCGGAGACGUCCAAGAUUACCUCACCCUCCCCUCAACGUCUGUGUGACCAAGUUACAGAAAGACCUGUUGGACAAUCUACGCCCAGAAGCGGGCUCGUUCCUGCUCCGUCAUGUGCCACACCAACACCCAGAGCUGAUUUGAAAAUGACCAAAACACCGGACGAAACGGAUAUUCCCAAGAGGGCUCCUACGGCAACUGUACAGUCUCCUCCUAUCUCAGCUACCCGUGUUCAUUCCACAGUAGUCGAACCGCCAAAAGCCUCUGCGGGUACAGUACACCAAACCAGUACCGAGCGUGUUGAGGAGUCGCAACAGGCUGCGGCUGCUGCAGCCGCCGCGCACUACCAAACCCCAGCAGCUGGUUGUCCUGCAGGUUCUCAGUAUCCCUACUCUGGUGCUACUGCUCGCUCUGUACAUGAUGGGAUUUCACCCGUCCCCACCGGAACGAACACCAGCUCGACAGGCAGCAAGCGUGGUGUUGCCAGCAAUCGAAGACCAUUGCUCGUGUCCACUAGUGCAUGCACCUCGGUGAAAUCGGGAUUAGUCACUGCUGCUAAGUGGUCUAGCUCAUCUAGUCAACCUCAACCUUCCACGGCUCUGACUUAUUGUGGCACAGGUGUUGUCCCGACAGUCGCUUGUCACAAUCCGUCCACUGUCUCUACAUCAGUUCCCGCGGCUACUCUACAGAUGUCCACUUCGACGUUGAAUUCAUCCGCUGACCUUCAUCUUCCUUCGAUUCCUGGCGUAAAUGCUUGCGCACCGCUGGCUGUUUCACCACAACUGACUGCCCCGGUGGUCAUUGGUCGUGUGACGAGGCAAUCGCAACAGCAAAACAACGGCGUUUCUCACGGGUCCAUCAAACGACCAGAAUUGGUCUCCUUGGGAGUGGAAUCCCAGUUGACCUCUUCAAGGUCAACGAAUGUUGGAAGUGGGCGGCGUCGCAGACGGUCCGAGAGUAAAGUUCCAGCCGGAAGCACAAACAAAGAAACCAUGAAUAACCCGGGUACAGUUGUACCGAAUGUUAGUACAACUGUUUCAACAUCAGAAACAAAUCCACCUCAAACGGUAUGCUCAACCGCAUCAAUGACGCUUAGUACCGAUCCCACGGGGAAAUUGAACUCAACGAAUGAGCAAAGCACUAACGACUCCACAGUCUCUGAUGCAGUGCAUUCUAACAACCAAACAACCCAAAACGUAACCUCCAAUGGAUCCGUUCAAAAAGGCCAGGUAUCUGUAGAUCCGUACGAGCCUAACUUUGAUGAUGAAUCUCCAGUCGGUUUUGAACACGGUCAGCUGCAUCACCACCGGUCGACGCCUCCGAUAUGCCCCUCGCCCACUCCAUCACAACCAAAUGGAUCUGCUAGUGUUCGAAAACUUGUGACUGCAUCGGCCUCUGUCGUCCCACCAUGUUCUUCACCGUCCAGCAUUCAUUCCAGUUUGAGUCCAGUGUCCAGUUUUGGCUGCGAACAAUCGGUUCAUCAGACAAUCAGUACGGACACAGCUACAACUACGACAGCUACUGUUUGUACUACUACUACUACCGCUCCUCCGUCCACUGUCACUUCGUCUGACAGCGUAGAUGAAGUGAUUCGAGAUGUAUGUGCUGGGCAGUUUGAUGUGCGCAGUUACAUGAAUAGUUGGUGGACAGAACACCCUUCUGGUGCCGGUCGUCAGACAAAAAGUAGUCCGCGAAUCACUCCACAAUCUCACUCUGGCUCCACGACAUUAGCAGUAACCACUGUAACAACUACUGUCACGGGCAGCACUGUUUCCAGUUGUAGUCCGGUUACCGCGGCGACAACAACGACAACUUCUACUGCGCCAACCGCGUCGUCUACGGUCACCGUGAAUCCUGUCGUCAAUACUACCAACGUCUCCGCACCAAUAUCAACACCGAUGGUCGCAUCCUUGCCGAACCCCAGUGCUCCGAUUGCCAAACUCGCUCCAGCCCCGAUUUCCGUCCCCAAAUCAUUCCCUCUGGCCAUCUCGGAACCUGUGGUGGCCGCCGUGACCAUUCCAGUAAAUUCAAACGGGGCCAAAACUAUCACGCCCGGUAAAAACGGAUCAAACAAUGUGGUCAACAUUGCCACUGGGAAUGCAUUAUUAAACACUCUGUUAGCGGCUUUGCAACGUAUCCCCGGGAGUCAGGUCACUGUAGGCGGUGUGGGAUCUGGAGCGAUUUCGGCGACCACGAUCACGUUGCCAGUGAAUGCUGCUCGCCAGGCAGCCGCUAACAUCACAGCUGCAGUAUUGUCAGCCACAGGUGGAGGAGUUCAAGCUUCUACGGAGACCACACGAGAAACGACUUGUUCACAGAGCUCUGUCAAAGAUAAGGUUCCUACCACCGAAUGCUCGACAAAGCCCAAUCCUGUGNAUCCUGUGGGGCCUACUCCAGCUCCAGGGGCAGUCGUGAGCUCGGCAGAGUCGAUCGUUCAACAUCAAACGUCCACGAGCAGCGUUGCCCACCCUCCAGCCCGUAAUCAGCCAGCACCACGUUCACUACCGGAAUCUGUCCCAAACAAUACGCCACCAGUGACUGUACCGGUAUCUUCAGUUACGCAUUUGACCAACAAGCUACAGACGCUGAACGCUACUACACGAUCCCCUGUCUUACCACCCAGCGUCCCUGUGCACGCUAAACGCGUCGUUGUAUCUGCUCCAUCCGAUUCCAUGUUUAUGGACGCAAUUGGACUUACAACCUUAUCGGUGUCAAACGCUCAACAACAGCCUCUUCAUCCGAUUAAAACUUCGAUGGAUCGCCCUUCGACGGGAGUAAUGCAAACUACUCGGCCGAUGCCACCAUCUCAGCAACUGGGCCAGCCUAGCAUGCUGCAUCCACCAGUCAGUGCGUCGUUACCAGUUAUUUCACCGGCUUCCUUAAACAACCAGACACAGUUACUCACCAAUGCACCUGGUCAGAAUCCGUCCCAGACGGCGCAUCAUCCGAACGUGGUGGGGCUGCUUAGACCGCCGUUCACUACUCCGAAUUCCAGUCAACCUCAACCACCAUCUGUUCGCCACCCCGGUCGACUUCCUCCAGCCGUCUCACCUCUCGUUCCCGGCCGGAGUCCUCCUAUGUCCGCACCUCCGCUAACCAAUGAUGCUAUUCAGGCAUUGUUGGAGCGCUUCGGUGGCGCAUUCGAACCCUCAGUUUUGAUGGCCAUCGCUCAGGCCGCUGUCGCAGGAGUUGGUCCAGUUGAAAACAACAUUGCUAAUUCGGAUGGAGAUAAUCCACCAGCACUUGCAUACUUACGACGCUGGGCACAGCAAAUGCUUGAAUCGCGUUCCACUGUUGGGGUUAAACAUACACCAGCACCGAAUUCGAUGGAUGGACCUGUCAAAUCAGCACCACCACAUGUUACUACACCACCAAUCUCAACUUCGGUCCCUGUCUUACCGUUUACUAACCAGUCUCGUGCAUCGCAAUUAUCAGCUCUAUCCGUCAACACUCUAAGCUCCGAGAUUCCUGUGCCUACAGCAAAUACAGUCCCAGCAAGAAGUGCUGGUUCCGCUGCUACGACUGUCGCUGCACACGACACAAACGCUUCGCUCAUCUCACCGCCAGUUGGAGUUUCUCGGCACUCGCCUAGCAGCAUCGCACCACCACCACCACCACCACUACCACCAACGGGUGGCUCAACUGGUUCAGUGCAUAUGUCCUGCAAUGCUAUCGGGCAGACUUAUCCGUUAGUUUGGCAAGGUCGUUUAUCAUUAAAAAAUGCAGAAACGCGGGUUGCUUUGCAUUAUAUCCAUGGAAACCCAACGCUGUUGCAUGAUUGUAUGCGACUUCUGGCGUCCGGUGGCGGUGGGCAACCGCAACAUUCCUUGGUUUCAAAUGGUGGUCCACUGCGGAUAGUACAACGAAUGCGAUUAGAACCGGCUCAACUGGAGGGUGUACAACGCAAAAUUCACCAGGACGGAGCAUCUUGUGCUUGUCUGGCACUGCCCGCUGGAAAUAGCACAGCCGAACUAAUCCAACAAACACAGAUCCUCAACGAAAGCUUCAUCCGUUACAUGCAAGAGAAAAUGGCCGCCGGAAUAAUCAAUGUUGGUUUUCCGGAGUAUCAGCAGGGACUUUAUGUCGUGCACAUAUUCCCUCCUUGCGAGUUCUCGCACACACAGCUUAAUUUGGCUGCACCGGAAUUGUACAGACGCGUCAUACAAGCCAAUCAAUCACAUCUGCUGGUCGUGAUCACCACGGUAUAA